AGUGUGUGUGUGAGAGUGUGUGAAGGCAGCAGUACGUUAAAGGCAGUAGAGGGAAGUGUGUUUCUGAGAGUGGGAGUUUUGCUGGAUUAGAUUUUCCUCUUGGAUAAAAGUGGGUUUGGAUCUAACAGCGCUAUGCAGGACCCAACCCGGGAUCGUAGGGGUGCAGUAAACCGCAGCGAUGGCUCUGGUCCAGUCCCUCCCCGUCACCACUGAUCAUCCGGCUCCAGGUCUGGAGGCUUGUCCCCACCGCUCCUCCCCGGUCUCACCCCCUGCCUACGGGGGAAUGGGCUCCGUGAGCAGCCUGGUCCCCGGCCAGGCCCCUUACCACGGCCGGAUCAACCCGGAGAUCAAGGCUAAACUCCGGCGGGGGACGCCAGGCUCGGGCCGGCUGCUCUCCGACUCGUCUCACGAGGGUCCACUCGGGAGCCGGACGCCGUCCAGCAAGAGAAAAGCCAUCGCCAGCCGAGGGAAGGGAAUCGGGGGACGGUCCUACUCCCACGAGGACCUGAUUACUGACUGGAACCAGAACUGGCUGGAGGCUGUUACAGGUGGACAGGAGAUGCCGGUGGACGGACCACCUAAACUGGUCCCUGUGUCCGGCCAGCUGGAGCGGAACAUCCAGCAGGCCCUCAUUCGACCAACAGCCUUCAAGCCCGUUGUGCCAAAGAGCAGGAACGCCAUGCAGUACCUCUCGCCGCGGCUAGGGGGCGGCCUGUCAGGGAGUCAGGGGAACCUCAGCCUGCUGUCUCCGGAUCAGGACAUCAUCACCCCGGUGGCCACGGAGCGCCGGAGCUCCUACAGCGGAGCGAGGAACGGACUCCACAGCCAGUCCUUCACCCUGACAGACUCCGCCCGGAACUCUCUAACCAACCUCCCCACCUACAGCGGCCAGGUGUACAACCUCAACCACGCCGAGAACACCAAACCUGUGCUGAACCACGGCCACUCCAACUCCGACAGUGGCCGGUCGUCUUCCAGCAAAAGCACCGGGUCCCUGGGGGGCCGCAGUCAACCGGGAGUAUCAGACAUGGGGUCCGGCGGGCCCUCACCUCCACCUAUAGAGGCCUAUGAGGCCAUUGUAAGAGACUUAGAGGAAAAACUGAGGGAGAGAGAGCUGGAGCUGCAGCACCUGAGAGAAAACCUGGACGACAACGAGGUGGCAAUCUGCCAGGUGUACGAGGAGAAGCAGAAGCGCAGUGAGUUGGAGAUGGAGGAGCUGCGGCAGAGCUGCGCCACCAAGAUGCAGAAAGCGUCUCAGAAAGCGCAGCGGGCGCAGCAGCUUCUGCAGCUGCAGGUCUUCCAACUCCAGCAGGACAAGAAGAAGCUGCAGGAGGAUUUCUCCCAGAUUCUGCAGGAACGGGAACGUCUGGAGGAACGCUGCACCACCUACGAACGGGAGCACACCCAGCUCGGACCCAGACUGGAGGAGACCAAAUGGGAGGUGUGUCAGAAGUCAGGUGAGAUCUCUCUGCUGAAGCAGCAGCUGAAGGACCUGCAGGCGGACCUGGCGCAGCGGGUGGGCGAGGUGGUGACGUUGCGAGGGCAGUUGCGAGAGGUCCGGGCGGAGCUGCAGAGCAGCCAGAGCCAGCUGCAGGAGGCGCACACGCACUCGCGCACUCGCACCCUGGAGCUGGAGGUGUGCGAGAAUGAGCUGCAGCGGCGCAAGAGCGAGAAUGAGCUGCUGCGCGAGAAGAUGAACCGGCUGGAGGAGGAGCUAACGCGCCUGCGCGACACUCUGAGCGAAUACAUGGAGGCUCCGCCCCUGAUGCACACACCUGAAGCAGGGUUAAGUCCCGGAUACAGAGGAGGGGGAGGAGCCGGGGGCGGGGCCAUGCCGGAAGACCAGAGGCUGGGUAACGACGGCGAGGAGGUGAAAGGUCAGCGUGAGAGUUCCAGACAGAACGCAGACAGGCUGAAGGCGGAGCUCUCGCGCGAGAGGCAGCUGGUGGAGGACCAGGCGGCGGCGUUCGAGAGCGAGAGGAGGUGCUGGGAGGAGGAGAAGGACAAGGUGAUCCGGUAUCAGAAACAGCUGCAGCAGAACUACGUUCAGAUGUACCGUCGCAACCGCGAGCUGGAGGCGGCCCUGCGCGACCUCAGCCUCGAGCUGGAGAAGCGAGAGCAGGACGACGAGAGCAGCGGCAACGAGAUCACCUUCGACGACGUCGCAGCGACUGAGAUAUAACACCCUGUCGACGCUCAGCCGGAACAUAAAACAUGCUAAAGAGAAGCGCUAAUUUAAUAAACACUAUUAUCAUACUUGAAUAACUGCACUCAAUUUUACACCGCCUGUCAAAAGUGUGAGCACAAGAUAAUCUUAAGAAUAAUAAAAUACAAUAAAAACAAAGAAUAAACACAUCACUGAUCUGAUGCCACGUGUCGGGUAUGGGCUGACAUAUAUUACAGGCUCUCUGGAGGUAUAGGGAAAUUUAAUUUAAGUGAGAAAAUUAAGACCACUUUCGCAGUAACAAAAUAGUAAAAAGCACACACAAAAAUAUACAUUUUACAAACCAGUAUUUUCUUUUUUCAGUUUUGCACAAACAAAAAUCGAGCUGUUCAUACACACAUCAAAUAGAGUUAUGGUGCAAAACUGCAGUUAAAGAACCAAUUUUUGUAAAAUGUACAUUAGCAUCUCCGCUAGUUAACAGCAAGUGAGAAACUUACCUAAAAAGAGCGCCCCCUUUAAAUGUUGUUUUUUCUGCCAUUAAACCAGUACACUAACUUGCAUAUGGAAUUUGGACAUUGUACUUUGGACUUGCUAUAAGCAAAAAUAAUAGAAAAAUAUAUUUAUUUUGCAAUUUUGAAUACCUUUAAAAGACAUAUUUUAGACAUUUACACACAAAUGAUGGCCUUUUAUUUACAUAAAUGAAUUUAAGACAUUUUAAA